ACUGACCCCGCCCCCUCUGUCCCUGGCCCCGCCCCUCCCUAUGAGCCGCUGUUUGAGCUGGCUCUGCCUCAAGCAGCCAUGCUCUUCAUCAGGAGGAAGACGCAGGAGGCUCUGGAGAGCGCUGCAGGGCAGCAGCAACAGGUGGAGGAGGAGCGGAGCUCCGUGUCUCCUCUGAAGGUUCUGGAGCAGAUGAUCGUUCAUGGGAGCGACGCUCAUGAGCGCCUCAGCAGGAGGUCGUCAGCGGGGAGCAGGUCGGACCGGAGUCACCUGGGAGGUAAACAGCAGAGCAUAAACAGCAAAGGCCCCGCCCCCCAGGGGGAGGAGCUCCAGAGGAGCCAGCUGCUGCUGGUCCACAGCCAGCUUCAGUACGAGCGCUUCAAGAGGCAGCAGCACGCCAUCAGGAACCGCCGCCUGCUGCGGCGGGUCGUCAACGCCACGGCGCUGGAGGAGCAGACGGUCGCCAUGAAGGCGCAGCUGGGCGUUCAGGACCAGGAGAUCCGCAGCCUGAGGUCGAGUCUGAGCGAAGAGCAGCGGCGCCUCAACCAGCUGCAGCAGGACGGACGGACCCAAACGGACCGCCUGCUGGACCAGAACCAGCAGCUGCUGCUGCAGCAACAGCGCCACCAGCAGGACAACCAGCAGCUGCAGAGCGACCUGGAGGACUGCCAUGGCCGGCUGAGGGAGCUGGAGGCGGAGCUCCAGGGAGCCAAUAGGAAGGCCAAACACGCUGAGCAGCGGCUGACCCAGCUGGGCCUGAAGCUGUGCAGCAGUGAGCAGCAGCAGCAGCAGGUCUUCCUGCUGGACCAGCAGCUCGUCCUGCUGAGGGAAACCAACAGAGCCCUGAGCCAGCAGCUGGACGAGGCCGCCGCCCACAGCUGGACCGAGGAGGCCAUGCUGCGGCGCAGCGCGGGGAACGACUUCCAGAGGCUGAAGGACUGCGACGUCCUGCAGAAACAGAAGCUGGAGGCGGCCAGUCACAGGAUAGCAGAGCUGGAGAGCCAGCUGGCCAGGAAGGACAAGCUGGUCCUGGAGCUGAAGAAGCUGCUGGAGGAAACCAAGAGCCACAGCAGGGCGGAGCUGUCGGCCUCAGAGAGUCGAUGUGUGGCCCUGAGGAGAGUCAGCCAGACGCUGCAGACGGAGAUGCUCCACCUGUACAGCCAGGUUCACCUGGACACUCACACAGGAAGUGACACGUGCACACACAGCCCGGCUCUGGAUGCCGGCAGCAGAAACAGCCCCUCCACUCAGGAUGGCUACAAGCCCCGCCCCUCUUCUUCUUCUGCUGUGGGAAUCAUAAAUGGCGCUGUGGAGGCCCUCUCCUCCUCGCCCCUCUCCUCCUCGCCCAUCGACUCCCCGCUGGCCGUCGGAUCUUUCCUGGAGCAGCAGGCCCGGCGGCUGUUUGGGCCGAACAGCCAGAGCCAGGAGGAGGAGGAGGAGGAAGAGGAGGAGGUCCCAGCAGGGAGUCCUCCUCUGGGUGAGGAGGUGGAGGAGGCCACCCUCCUCACUGGGAGUCCUCAGCUGGAACCUCCAGCUGCAGACCUGGAGCUCAGCGUCCGGCAGCGGAGAGACGAGCUCAGCAUCAUGGACUACAACGAGUCGCUGCCCGAGUUCUGAUGGAGGAGCAGGAGGAGCAGCAGCAGGAGGAGCAGCAGCAGCAGGAGGAGCAACAGGAGGAGCAGCAGCAGCAGGAGC